AUGGACGGAUUCGAUGAAGAAGCUUUCAAGAAGUUCUUUCCAGGCAGCUUCGGGAAACAAGAAAGAAAGACUGAUGUCAACACUCAGAUAGACCGCACCAAGCGGACACAUGUAUCUGCCAAGACUACCGCAGAUGAUGACAAGGCAGGUUUGAUUAGCGACGAGCAAGCUAACGUUCAAACUGGAGCUGAAGACCGAAAAGACAAGAGUGAAAGCGACAGCGAUAAUGAGUCUGAUGAUUCUGACUCCGAUGACGAGGACGAGGACGAGUUUCCUGUCUCACACGAACUUGUCCUUAAAACUCAUGAGCGCGCCGUAACAACUCUCACAGUGGACCCAUCAGGCUCGCGUUUAAUCACAGGGUCAACAGAUUGUACGAUUAAACUACAUGAUUUCGCUUCAAUGACCCCUUCGACGGUGCGCGCCUUCAAGUCCGUUGAUCCUACCGCGAAGAAACAGUCCGCUUUGCAGGAGGCGCACGCCGUGCAUUAUGCUGCGUUCAAUCCCCUGUCGCCAGGCUAUGUCAUGGUCGUUUCUGCUACACCCCAGCCGAGAAUCCUCGAUCGCGACGGCGAGACCAUUACUGAAUUCAUGAAAGGAGACAUGUACUUGAGAGAUCUUCAUAAUACCAAGGGGCAUAUAUCGGAGGUUACCAGCGGCGCAUGGUGUCCCACCGACGAGAACCUGUGUGUUACUGCAGGAUCGGACAGUACGGUACGUAUAUGGGACGCCAAUAUUGGGCGGUCACAGAAAGAAGUCAUAAUGCAUAAGUCAAGAGCGGCUGGAUCCGCUGGUCGGAGCAAGAUGACUGCUGUUGCAUGGGGUUCCCCAAAGCAGGGUGGACCUAAUGUGCUCAUUGCUGCUGCCCUUGACGGAAGUUUAAUGAUGUGGAGUGGGAAUGGGCCAUUUACUCGACCUAGUGGUGAGAUACGGGAUGCUCAUACGCGCGACACAUGGACUAGCGGGCUUGAUAUCAGCUCGGAUGGAAGACUGGUUGUCACCAAGGGCGGUGACGAUACUAUCAAGCUCUGGGAUACUAGGAAGUUCAAGCAGCCGAUUUCAACAGUGGCGCACCCGUCCAGCUCCUCCCGAUACCCGACUUCGAACAUCGUAUUCUCACCCACAUCCGCGAAUGUCCUCACGGGCUCGGAAACUGGUCAUCUACACAUUUUGAACCCCGCGACAUUGAAGCCGGAAUUGGUCACACCGGUCACACCGGGAUCGCCUUUGAUUACCGUUCAAUGGCAUGAAAAACUCAAUCAGAUCCUCACUGGCUCUGCCAACGCUGAGACUCAUGUACUUUACAACCCUGACAUGUCGUCCAAAGGUGCCGCCUUGGUUAUGUCCAAGGCACCCAAACGCCGGCACAUUGAUGAUGACCCGAACCUUACCAUGGACCUUUCACAAGGUAUCUCGGGUGACAACGUUGUUGUCGGAUCGAACGGUGUGCCCCAUUAUAGCUCGGCAACCUGGUCUUCCCGUCACCCAACCAUUGGGCUUACGGCGUCAGGACGGCCCAGGGAUCCACGGAGACCGCAUUUGCCAGCAACGACUCCCUUCGCCAAGUCGCAGCCGGAUGAGAAACAUAUUCGCGAGAAUAUUCCUCUCAGUUCGAUGCGCGAUGAGGAUCCCCGAGAAGCGUUGCUGAAAUACGCCGAGAAGGCCGAGAAGGACCCGGUUUUCACUAAGGCAUGGAAGGAGACUCAACCGAAAACGAUAUACAGGGAGAUUAGUGACGAUGAAGGCGAGCAAGAGCCGGAUAAGAAAAGAGCCAGGCGAUGA